CUAGUACAAACCCAACCCACACCCAACGAUCACCCUCCCAAACCGAUUCCUAGUCCAAAGUUCCCAUAUGUUAAUUAUUUAUUUAAAUGUAAAUCUCAUACUUGAAGUUUGAAAUAUGCAAGAUAAGUCAAAGAUAGCAUCAUUUUUCCUUAUAUUUUUAGUUGUCGUUGGACAAGCAAAAGAAAUCCAAGACAUGUUUUUUUAAUCAUUGAAACCAACUGUAUACUCCAUCUCUUGCAUUCCUUAUUAAAUUAACACCAUAACUCCUAUGCCCACAAAACAGUAUAAGAAUGAGAAUAUAAUACUCUUGAGUUACUAGACCAAUCAUACUAUCUGGUUCACUACAGCCCAAUUCCCUCUCGUUCUCUCCCGAAUCCGGUCGUCGGAGCCCUCCGGGCGGCUGCCGACGGCGGAUUCUUUACCGGUGAACAGCACGCAUCCACACUCCAUCAUCUCUACAAUACCCCACCCCCACUCGUUUUCAUCGGUCAAAAAACACCACCACCCGACGGUGGUGGUGAGCGGAGACGGUUGAGGAUGUGAUUUGAUGAUGAUGAUAAUGUAUUGGUAUCAAAGGAGAUGAUGAUAAUUAUUGAGAUGUCGACCCCCCUCUGGUACAGAUCUGAGCGGCGGGUAUAUGACGGCGACGAGCGGUUGAAGAUGGCGACGAUCUUGGUAGUGGUGGCCGACGGCGGAGCACAGCCGCCGACGGCGGUCUGUGUCUCAGUCCGACAAGAUCCGGUAACCUUUCCCACCUCUCUCGUUCUUUUGAAGUUUUUUUAUUUUUUUAGGUUCAGUUGUAACCAACAGGAGGUGUUUUUUUUAUUUUUUUAUUUUGAUGUGUUGAUUUUGACGAUGACGACGGACGACAUCGGAGACACCACCGUAUGGCGGCGACGGUGGUGCAAAUCUGGCUUGGGUUCGGGCGCUUGGGUCAGCCUGGGUCACGUUACAUUUCAGUUCCGAGUUGUUCGGUUCAAACCGGUCGCAGACAACGGUUCAAGUCAGAUUCACGUGUCAGUUUCGAGUUUUGGUUUGGGUCGCGGUCAAACAGGUUUCACCUCGAUUCGACAGGUCCGAGGUUCGGGUCAACUGGUCAACGGUUCGGUCAAAGAUGGUCAAAACCAGUCAACGCACGAUCCGGAAUACCAUAGUUGCACGCUAGCUAAUGCACGUUUUUGGAACGACACUACGGAAUCACGCUACGAUAGCUUUGCACGGGAAUAUCAAGGUUGAAGGUAAGCCACUAAGGAAUUACUUGAUGGGUUCAAUGGGAAACGGGGAAAAAUUGCUUUCUGGCUCGACUCUUGGCUCUUCAAUGAGCCGCUGAAAUCUAAGUUCUCGGACCUCUUCAGUUUUGAAGCUAACAAGAAGUGUUUGGUGGCGGAUAGACUUCAGCAGGAAGGAUUCGAAACACGGCUGAAUUGGCAUUGGAGAUCGGAUAUUUCCGAUGCUGAAUCACUGGCAAACCUCAAUCUUUUGUCUGAUGCGUUGAGUUCGGUUCAGAUCUUGGCUGAUAUGGAUUGCUGGAAGUGGGGAGCAGAUCGGGAAGUCAUUUUCUCGGUUAAUUCAGUCAAAAGUUUGCUGAAAGUCGAAGCAAAUACUGACAACUCCUUUGUUUUGGAUUGGUGCAAGCGGGUCCCCGCCAAAGUAAACAUUCACGCUUGGAGGUCGGAAAUGGAUAAAAUACCGACAGUGGAAGCGCUAAGAAAAAGAAACAUCAACAUCGGUGAUCCUAUUUGUCCUUUAUGCAACUCGGAGGAGGAGACUUCGGAUCAUGUUUUUAACGCAUGCUUCGUUGCAGCGAACGUUUGGAACGGUAUAAACUCUUGGUGUAAAAUCUCUAAUAUAUUUGCUUUUUCAAUCAAGGACCUUCUCACACUGUACAAGGACAUCAACGGUUCGGAGAAGAAGAAAGAAGCGGUACAAGGAAUAAUUUUGAUUGGUAUGUGGAGUAUUUGGCACGCAAGAAACAGUGUUAAAUUUUCUAAUGCUUUUGUUAGAAUUGAUAGUAUAAUUAGUGAAAUUAAAGCGUUAAGUUUCUUAUGGUACUCUUGUAGAUCGAAGCAUAAAGGGGUAGUUUGGAAAGAUUGGGUUUCUUUUGUAAAUAUGUAAUUGUUUGGUAUUUUGUAACUGGCCUAUCUUGGGUUAGCGUUUGUGUUUAAUGAAAGUUACUUUUCAAAAAAAAAAAAAAAAAAAAAAAAA